AUGUCUAGAUCACACAGGCAGUCGCUUCCCAGUGUUCCGCAGCUACACACCGUCAGCGGGUGUAACAACCUCUACGUCAAAAAGGGCAAAAGUCAAAAAAUAUUGGAUUAUUUCGAUAUCACCUUCGGUGCCAAGUUCAUUGUACUUGACUGCACCGCCGAUAAGAACAUAUUCAGAGUCCGGUAUCUCGUGGUGGAGAGUCAGCGGCAUCCCGAAAGGUAUCACUGGCUCGUUGGAAGAGAUCUCCGGUGGGUCGUUAAGGACGGGCUUCAGUUCCAGACCCGCGCCGUUCGCCGCAGACUCGACAAGCAGUAUGAACAAGCAAGAAAACCCAACACCACCGCUCAUGACUUCGAGUGUCGAGUGUCCGUCUUCCUAGUGAAAUACUUUGCGCAGAUGUUGAACGGCAUGGUGGAGGCGGCUGGCAAGCACGAUUCGCUAAUGGUCGAGGAUCUUUAUCGCUGGAUUCAUAACCUCACCCGAGUCUCUGACGCGGUCGUCCGACAGCAUCAAUCGUGCGGUAUCAGACACCACCAGCGACUCGUUUCUGAAGCUUACGACAGGCUCCUUAAGGUGAUUCUCAAGUCUAAAAUCACCGUGAACCAAGCUCCCAAUCGCCUUUCUCCCGUAUGUGUCUACGAAGACUCCGACUUUUUCCUCCGACAUGAUCAUCUCGCCAUGAGGUGGUCUAUCUCUGUGUAG